AAGCGCCUGACUCAGUAGAAGAUGGCGCCGAUUGGAAGAAAAGCGACCCUAGUAAUCACGACGCGCUCGGGAGGCCUUCGCUGUUUGACGACAUACUUCCGUUUACAAGGAAAACGUGGGCGCAGGUACUCUUACCUGAGAUUCAGGAGCAGAUAGAAGCGGUGGUCCAGGAAGAAGAAGCGAGAAGCAUAGCAGCCGCUGUUUUAGAAGUUUCAUCGCAAGAGGUCGUAGAAGCCUCCGAAACCGAACAAGGAAAUGCAACUAACUUAGCUGAGGAAAUAGAUGCAGCAGCCACUGCUGGUGUAGCUACAGAACAAGCUGAGGAAGGUACUACGAUUUUUUUGUUUUAUUUUGAAUGCAAUUGAUAAUAAUUCUUUGUGAUGUGUGCAACUAAUUGCAUCCGCGUCAUGAUGUUGUAUCAGGUAGUUUCAGUUGUACUUCAGUAGCUAAGUAUAAGAACCAAAAUUCUAAAUUCACUCGUGCCACUGCUCUAAACGAAGAACAACGAGCACGAAUUGAAUGGCAAGAAGAGUGUCAACAACCUCAAUCCGAGAUCUGCAUCUGCAACAAGAAACUUUAUUUGCAGGUCCUACCGUCGGCGAUGGUGUGACGGCAGAUGAACG